AUGCGGGAUCGGGAUAUUCCACACUACAGACAAAAUAGGCAAACGCCAAAGUGGACAAAAACGCAUUUAACGUGGAAUUUUCAAUUUGCCGAUAAAUCAACUUUGACAAUGGCUGAACAGGCAUUUUCUUUGUGGGCAGCAAAGACACCGUUAACUUUUGAGCGUAAAAUACUGGAGCCCGAUAUUAUGAUAUCGUACAAGGCGAGUAGACACACGAUGUCGGAUUUAUUCAACGCUCAAAUCUGCAGAGAAGUAUUUGACGGAAAAGGUGGAGUUGUUACACACGCGAUACCUAUGGACCUAUCGCUGCUGCUGACAUUCACGUUGAUAACGCAAAACAAUGGAUUAGAGCACAGCUCCCGUAAGGAUGCAGUGAUGUAUGCUUACGGUUUUGGUCUAGAGCCGUAUCCCGUGGAACUGUCCACUGAUGACACAUUAGAUAUUCAGAAUUUAUACGGAGCCAAGAACAAUGAAGUUGUGAAUGAAAUAGCUACGACGACGACCAUGACGAUAAAACCCACCGAACAAAUUCCCGAAUACUUAAAUAUAUGUGAUGCGCCGUAUAUAGAUAAUAUGCUGUUAUUAGAGAAUAAAAUGUUUAUUACGUACAAACAAUAUGCAUGGUCAAUGGGUAUAGAGAAUAAAAAAUAUAGCAAAUCAAACGUAUUAGCAGAUUAUAUGACUUUUCUUCCCAAAAAUGUUACCAUAACGGCGGCGUAUCAAAGAUCCUCGGGUGAUGUUGUAUUAUUUAUACCUCCUCCUUCCCGAGGUGGAAAGAGGGAUUAUGUCGGACUUUUACCGGCUAAACCCGCAUGA